CGGCCCGCGGCGCCAGUAGCCGGGUCCCCCCCUCCCCCCACCCACCCCGUCCCCAGCCCCCCGCGGGGGGGCCCGCCUCCCGCCCCGGGCCUGGCGCCGUAGGAUGCGGCCGUCCCCCCGGCCACCUCACCGCGUGUGUCGGGGCCACAAAGCCGAGGCUGCCCGCCGGCCCGACUGCCAGCAGAGAGUUCCGCCCACGGCACAGCAACCGCACCGGCUGCAGGCACAGGAGAAUUGGAAAGAAUUGUUGCAGUGACUCCAUCUGAUUCUGACCAAAAUUUUAAGAAGUGCUGGAUAAAGGCCAACACAAUGAGUUCCCUUGAUGCAGCAAUAAAGACUGAAAAAAGAGAUGAUGAGAGUGAAGUGAAUGCUGAGUUGUGGCAAGAUGAAUCCAAAGAUCACAAGAGCAACAAUAACGUUAAUGAAAACGCACGUGAGGUAGCGGAGAUCUGUGUUGUGAUUGGUGAGGAUGGGGCUCAACGCUGUUCUGAGCAGGAUCAACCCAAUAGUCAAUCCAGUGAUAUUGACGGGCACCCUGGGAAAUUAAACCAAAUGAAUGAGCAAGAGGAAAAUAUGGAGUGGAAGCCACAGCAGCAGGCCUCACUAAGGGCCUACAUAUGUGGUGCCUGUGGGAAGAAGUACAAGUACUACAGCUGCUUCCGGGCACAUGUGAGAGCACACCUAGAAAAUGAAACCUCCUCUGCAUCCGCUGAAAAUUCUCCACAGGCAAAGAAUUUUAGGUAUAUGUGUGACAUCUGUGGCAAGAAGUAUAAAUAUUACAGCUGUUUCCAAGAACACCGGGAUUUGCAUGCAGUAGAUGAUCCAUAUGAUCAUGCAGUUGAGACACCAGCAGAAGUGAAAACUGAACAGGUGGAAGAAACUGUCCGCAGCCCUGGAUCAAAGACGGGUAGCUACAUCUGUGAGUACUGUGGCAAGCGGUACAAGUAUUACACUCCUUACCAGGAACAUGUGGCGUUGCAUGCAUCCUCUGAUGCAGAGAGUCCUCUUGUCAAAAGAAAUGAAGCUAAGCUGCCAAAUGCAUGUGAAGAAAAUAACAGCUCUCAGAAUUCUAGUGGAGGUGCCAGUGUACAGAAAUCGGAUCCUCCUUCUGUGAAAAAUGGCUCUACAUGUCAGAGCUGUGGAAGUGAACACAAACACUGUACCUGCUUAAGGCAACAGGCCCACAAUAGCCGAGCUAGAGAGCAGUACACGUGUGGGGCAUGUGGUAUUCAGUUCCAGUUUUACAACAAUCUAAUAGAGCACAUGAAUUCCCAUGCAGCUGAUAAUGAAAACAGCAUAGCAAUUAAACAAGUGCAGUCACCACGUACAGCUACGACCACUGCUGCUGCUUCCGCCACUACAUCCGCUACCCCUGUUGCUGCUACAGCUGCUGCUUCUCCAGAGAAGAAGAAUGCCCAUCGCCAGAGUAACUGCACGAAUGAUGUGAAUAGCUCAGUCCUCGAAAAAGAACGCCAACAUGUUGCUGAAAAGUUGCUCAGGGUGAUGUGUGCAGAUCUGAAAGCACUGACCGUGAUUAAUGGGAAAGACUUUGUCAAACUUGCGCAGACACUUGUGGACAUUGGUGCACGUUAUGGAUCCUUUCCUGUAGGUGACGUCCUUGGAGAUAUGAAUACACUUGCUCUGAAGCAUCUACCCAGAAUGUACAACCAGGUGAAGGUCAAAGUGACAUGUGCACUUGGAAGCAAUGCUUGCUGGGGAAUUGGUGUCACCUGUCAUUGUCAGAAUGUAGGGUCAGAAUCGUUCUACAUUCUAACAGCACAUCAGGUGGAAGGGUUGCAAAUGAAACGGUAUGUGCUGGGUAUUAAAGAGGUUGAUGGGAAAGAAACUGGUGAGCAGGUUCACCAGUGGGUGUUGAAUGUCCUUUCAGAAUUUGUAAUGUCAGAGAUGCGAACGAUUUAUGUCACGGAUAGCAAAGUCAGCUCUGCUGCAUUGUUGAAAGCUGGGAUGUGUCUGCGAUGUUCAGCCUGUGCUUUGAACUCAACUGUAAGGAGUGUACUUAACGAAAGAACAUUGCAGGCACAAAACAUGCCAGAGGUUACUGAACUCGUGAGUAAUUGCAUACAGAUAAUGAGUUCACUGGAACAAGGUACUGUCACUCCAGAGUUAUCCAGCAUUCUUGAAGGGCAGCAGGCUCCCUGUUGUUGGAAUUCUGUGGCAGACUCUCUCCUCCUCGUACACGAGAAGUAUGAACAGUUACGAGAAUUAAUCAGCAGCAGAAAGGAACUCAAACACUUCCAAAAUUGCAAUAAAAGUUUGUUGAGUAAUCUUGCAGCUAUUUUGGCUCCAGUAAAGCAGGCUGUAAUAGAACUGAGUUGUGAAAACAAACCAACACUACAGCUUGUGCUCCCAACCUACAUCAAACUCGAGAAACUCUUCACUUCCAAAGCUAAUGAUGCAGGCAGCGUAAGCAAACUCUGCCACCUCUUCCUGGAAUCUUUGAAGGAGAACUUCAAAAUGGAGAAUGCUCACAAAGUAGCAAUGGUACUUGACCCUCACUCGAAGCAUUUGAGGUCAGUGCCACACUACCAGCAAGAGGAAGUAAUUAGUCGAGUGUGUGAAAUGAUUUCGGAUAUUGGGCAGUCUUGUGAAGAUGUUGUUGAAUUUCAACCAGCAAGGAAGAGAGUGCGUGGGAUUAGUGAAAAUCUGAAAACUCCCCCAAGCAAAGAGGUGAAUCAGGAUGAGCGAAAGGAGGAAGUAUUUCAAUAUCUAAAGGAACCUGUGCCCAAUAAAACUACCGAUCUGUUUGGUUACUGGUCAAAUGCCACUCAGAAGCACCCUAAGUUAGCCAAACUUGCCUUUUGGCUUUUGGCAGUGCCAGCAGUUGGUGCAAGAAGUGGCUGUCUGAACAACUUUGAGACAUUUUCAGGAAAGCAGAAGAGGCAGCUGACACCGGAGGUGAUGAACAAACUAAUGUUUCUGAAAUCAAACUUGCAGUAGCUGCCUCUCUUGUCUGACACAUUGGUGCUUUAAAGCAGAACUUAACCCAGGUGGUGAAGUCCGUUUUAUUACAUAACUUUUUCUUACUGUGAUCAUUUUUGUGUCUUAUUUCUGUGAUCUACGUUGUAUUUGUUGAGAUGUUCUGGUUGAGCUGCCCCUGAUGGCUCACUGCGCCUGUCCAGUGAGUGGCUGAACUCUGCAGGCUGGGAAUUUCCCAGGUUUGAUCCCUGAUCUGUACUGAGGAAAUAACAGGAUGGGUUUCAAUUGACUGUUUUUGGGCCAUGCUAUUAUUAACCUAAAUAAAUAGUUAGUGUUGUUCAUUGAAUGUGUUUCCUGGACCAAGGAUGUGGGCAAUGUUGGUUGCACGGUUUGCAACAAAUUGGCUAACAUUACAUCUUAAUUGAAGUCACCGUGUCAGGAUUGGAGCAUGCAUUAAGCUAUGGAGAGUCUGUAGCUUGUUUAUUUUGUGCUUCCAGCAGCCACCAGGGUCAAAUCUACACACCCUCUAAUCUUGUUACUGUUGUCUCUGCCAAUGCCCUGUUUGUGUGUACCAAAUACGCAAAGAAUAAAAUAGUUCCAGUCUAAACUGUUAAAAAGACAGCAGUUAAUGGGAGAUGAGAAGACCUGAUUCCCAGCCAAAGUUCAAGUUCUUCUUGGUUUUACACUCUGCCUGUGUUCUUCUGGCUUUGUACUGAUAACCACCUUUAACAUGAGCAAUUGUCUAAAAUUG